AUGUCCAAAAAAAUCUUUAAUUAUUUAUCAAUAUCAAUAUUACUGUUAUUAUUCAUUUUUGAAGCGGCUUUCCUAUUUCCGAAAGGAUUAGCUACGCAGUUUCCCAUUCUCCAAACUUCACAUAUCAUUAAAGAUCAUGUUAAGAUUAGAUUUUUAUCAAAAUCCUGGGAGCUUUUGGGUCCGUUCCCUACUGGAACACGUGAACAAGAUUUUGGUGCGGAUCCUUUAGAGGCCUAUGGUGGUUUCAGAAAUUUGAGCUUUUCUGAUACUCAAUCAUUCCCUUCUGAAUUGGCAGAUAAUGGGACAGUAAAAUGGUCAACUAUUGUGGAAAACAUUGACGGCUCUAUUGGUCCUUUACAUUUUAAAAAUUUGAGAUGGAAAUUUAAUAGAGAUCCAUUUGGAUGGGCAAUAAAUCAGUUCCAAAUGUGGGCAAGAGGAUAUUUUGAGCUUUUAAAUUCUGAUUUUAAGGACGAAUUAAAUUUAAUUCCGGUUUUAGUUCAAUGUCAAAACAUUGGUGAUUUUUAUGUGGACGAUCGAAGGCUCUUCGGUGAUGUGUAUGGAUAUAAGAAUUCAUGGCAUGUUCUAUAUCUUCGUUCUGGCAUGCAUGUUAUUAACGUUCGUCUGGUGAAUGAAAUCCGGAUCUUUGGUGGCCAAGUUCCUUCAAAUAUUCGAUUCCAAUGUUUUGUACGAAAAUUAGAAUUGCACCAAAUUGGUGCGAUGGUAUUAGAUAACACUAUAAUUGUUCCCGAUUUAGUGGACGGUUUCUUGGCUGGAAACUUUGCCAGUGUUGCAAUCCUGAAUACUCAAGAAAAAUCUUGGAUCACUGUUUCCAAGGUCAAUGUGAUAAAUAGCAACGUUAACAUGACUGCAUCACUAGUCAGUGGUAAUUCAAAAACCGGCAUUCGUAUUGCACCAUCUCAACAACGAAACAUCAAAAUAUAUCUAAGUAUUGAGUCACAAAUAUUCAGCGGGAUGCCAUUAUCAUUUCAAUUACAAUUUUUGGUUUCUUCUCGAACAGAAGACAAAAUUAUUUAUUGGACUAAAGUCACAAAUGUUAUUUCAAUAAAUAACAAAAAUUUUGGUGAUGCAUACAAAUUCACAUUCGAGGAUUUUGACACUACUGUACAGUAUGGUAGAUGUUUUGCAAUGGCAAUUCCUUCUUCGGAACCAUGCAAGCCUUAUAAGUGUCCUAUUUUAGUAGCUUUACAUGGUGCGGGAGUCGAAGCUGAUUCAGAAUUUUGGAUAACUGCCUACAAAAGACAAAAAAGCGCAUGGAUUCUUUUACCUACUGGAAGAACACCAUGGGGAUAUGAUUGGCAUGGUCCAAGCUUAAAGAAUACUCAAACUGCAAUAAUAACUUUGUCAAAAUUCAUGCCAGGUGUACCAAAGCAUCUAAAACCGUUUUUCUUACCAGAUUCUGACAGACUAUUCAUCUCUGGUCAUUCCAAUGGUGGUCAAGGCGCAUGGUUUUUUAUGUCUCACUUUCCUGAUUCUGUGAUUGCAGGCAAUCCGGCUGCCGCAUAUACUAAGAUUCAAAAAUAUGUACCAUAUUAUUGGAAUAGUGAAGCUCAUUUAGACCCCAUCCUUAAAGGAAUCCUUGAAUCAUCAAUUGCUGAAUAUAAUAACGAUCUGUAUACUACAAAUUUGGCAAGUACUGUUGGCAUUCCAAUAUUAGCAAGAGCUGGUUCAGAUGAUGAUAAUGUCCCACCUCUACAUUCUCGUAUGCUUGUCCGUCUUGUUAGCGAACAUUCUGGCGAUCCACAAGCCAUCAAACUUUCUGAAAUUCCUGGCCAAGGACAUUGGUUUGAUAAAGUUAUGGACGAUGAUGUUAUGCAAGAAUUCUAUGAUGAACAUUUGAAAUUCAAUUAUUUAAAUAAUAGUGAUUCAUGUCCAAAAGAAUUUACUAUAAUCUUAUUGAACCCCGCAAGUUUUGGUAGUAAAUGUGGAAUUCAUAUUGAACAAUUGCAAAUUCCUUUCAGAUUAGGUAAACUUCAUGUACGAAUUGAAAAAUAUCCCCAUGGUCGAACAGCAUGGCAUAUCAAAACCUCCAAUAUCCGUAGAUUUAAAUUUGUAAAUAGCAUAAAAGUUCAAGCUGAAUAUUUAAAUGCAGAACGAAUUAUAAUUGAUGGAAAGCCAUUUGACUUUAGUCAUAAUGGAAAAAAAUUUGACUUUAGUCAUGAUGGAAAACAACUUGAUAUUAGUCGUGUUUUAUUGUUUGGGCAUUUCAAACAAUAUAAGAACAAAUGGAAGUUUUGUAAGUUUUGUAAUGAUCAUUUAUGGUGCAAAAAAGAAAAACAUUCAGCAACUUAUGGUCCUGCAAUAGCAAUACUUGAAUCCAUACAACCACUAAAAAUAAUUAUUGGAACAAUUAAAAAGGAUAAUAUUGAUAAAUUCCUUGAAGUUGCUCAAGAAAUUGCACAUAGUUGGUACCUUUAUGGAAGAGGGGAUGCUGAAAUUUUUAUGGAUUCAGAGUUUAUAACAAAAGGAAAUAAAUUGGUGGAUAAUAUUAAAGGAAAUUUGGUCUUGUUGGGUGGUUCAUAUGAAAAUUAUGUAACACGUUUUUUAUUAAAAAGUAGAUUUAAUGAAGUAAAAUUUAAUAGAUACGGUUCUUUUAGUUUGAAACAUAAAACAUUUUCUGACUCUGGAUGUGCUGGUACUGAUCAUAAAGGUCUUGAUCAAGUCACUAAAUUAUUUCCAAAGAGGACUGGUGUUCCUAUUCCAGAUUGGAUAAUUGUGGGUCCAGAAUCUGCAUGGAAAGGUGCUGGUGGAUUGCUCGGUGCUGGAUUUUGGGAUAAUAAAUGGAAGUUUAAUGAUGCGAUUGGUUAUUUGGUAUAA